AUGGACAGAGAGUUUAUAAACAGUUUCCAUUUGUUGCCCCUUUAUCCCCAGGAGUUCUGGGAAAAAACUCUUACCAAUGCAGAGUAUGAGGAGAUUUUCCAGACUGUACUACAGAAGUCCCUGCGGGAGUGCUUGGAGACUUCCUCCUGUGNCCAGCACAUCAGACCUACCAAAUCGGACGAAAAACCGGGCAUUGUUCCUUCUGUCACUGAUAAGAAAAAUGCUGAUCCAGAGAAGGUAGUAACUCCUGAGACUCCAAAGAUUGCAUCUUCUUUAGAAGAGGAAGUGAAUUCUGAGAUGGGGACAUCUAAGCUAGGCCAGCCAGUUACUGAACCCUCUAAGAAGAAAUUUGAUAGAUUCUCUUUAAGCAAACAAAAGGAGAAAGCUGAAGAUGAGAAAAUGGAGAAGAUCCAAGAUGGACAUGAGUGCACUCUGAAGGAGAAACAGAAGAUAGUGAUCCAGGAUCAGGCUCAGAUCAGAGGCCACCAGAAAGGAGGGGACAGUGGUUUUGGCCACUGUGUCAUCUGGGUCCAGUGUUCCUCUCCAAAGUGUGAGAAGUGGCGGCAGCUACGUGGAGACAUUGAUCCUUCAGUUCUUCCAGACGACUGGUCUUGUGACCAGAAUCCAGAUCUGAAUUAUAAUCGCUGUGACAUUCCUGAGGAGAGCUGGGCAGGGUGCGAGGGUGAUGUGGCCUACGCCUCCUACGUCCCAGGAUCCAUCAUCUGGGCCAAGCAAUACGGCUACCCAUGGUGGCCAGGCAUGAUAGAAGCUGACCCUGACCUGGGGGAGUACUUUCUGUUUGCUUCUCAUCUUGACUCCCUGCCGUCUAAGUACCACGUGACAUUUUUUGGAGAAACAGUUUCUCGUGCAUGGAUCCCAGUCCGCAUGUUAAAGAACUUCCAGGAACUGUCUUUGGAGCUAGCUAGAGUGAAAAAAUGCAAGAACAAGGACUCCAAUCAGAAGCUGGAGGCAGCCAUAGUGAUGGCUCACAGGGCAGAACAGACCAGUAUUCAGGAGCGGGUUAACUUGUUUGGUUUCUGGAGUCGAUACAAUGGAGCUGACAUCAGUGGGGAAGGGAAAGGUAGGAAGAGGGAUGGAGGGUAG